UACCAGUUCAUAUUUUCAUCUCCCCUCUCGGCUCUCUCUCUCCAAAAACCGAGCACGAAUUUGGAUUCAAUAUUUGGACCAUCAAAAGUUUGAUUUGUUCCAUAGAUCUUGAAGAGCCAGAAUGCCACGUCGUGGAAAAAGUAGCAAACCAAGCUAUGGCCGGACGACCGGUAGUCCGUACAUCCACCAGCCGCUUCCUAGCGGUGUUCCAGUACCUAUGUGCUUUUGUGGUGAUGCUUGCAAGGUAGAAAUUUCGGAAGACGAGGAAACCUAUCGGCAGAGGUAUUGGAUGUGUUCGAAUUUUGCCUGGGAGCCUACGCCAAAACAACGCCGCAGUAACUUUAUUACCCCUCCACCAUUGUGUGAUUUUGAGCAGUGGAUCGACACUGAGAUUAAGGAGUCCGACAAGCGGCUUCUACAAGGCCUAAAGGAGUGGGAUGCGGAGCGUGCUGAGAUAUUAGAGAAGAGACGUAGAGAGGAGGCUCAAAAGAGGGAGCACAAGGAAGAGGAGGAAAGAAGACGUGUUGCUGCGGCUCGGGAGGAGAGGGAAAAGAAGCUUGAGCGUGUGCGCCGAGCGAAGGCAGCGAUGGAUGAGAAUCCAGAUGCCGAGAGGAAGGGAAAGUGGCCUCGUUGCACUCAGUAGUUACAUUACCUUCUUGUUCUUUGUUUGGUUCAUGGACAAUAUUGUUUUUGUGUUGGACUUUUCAAUUUGUUGUCAUGUAAUGCACUUUAGCAAUUUUAAUUU